GUUACUUGUCAUAACAGCGUACGGUCAACAGUAAACAAAACGCCGUUCUUCUGCCUCUUGAUUACAAUUUAUUUAAAAGAAGGAAAAUGCAAUUUAAAACUAUUGCAUUGUAGUUUAGGAUAAAAGCAAGAUUAAAUACAGUGAUGAGCUGUUCAUCCUUGUAUAAAUAGGUGUCGCCUAACCGAACAGUGAAAGACUAUGGUUAAAUCAGGUAUCUAUCACGCUUGAUUGUUUACAACAUAAAAAAGUGCAUCAUAGAUAAACGUACAAAAGCUACAAAAAUGUUAACGAGUUGGAAAACCUGGUGCCGCCUUUGUGCGAAUGAAAAAGCGGUAUUAAAGCUAGAAUCUGUUCAUGAUAUAAAUGCGGUAAUAUCAACCAUGCUGGACGUAUCGAUUUUGGAAAUAAAAGAUGUGCCCCCCAACAUAUGUGAAGAAUGUCUCAGUUUUGUUAACAAGCUGGAACAUUUCAAGGAAAAAUGCAAUCAAACGAAUCGUUUGUUUGACUACCUCUCGAAGUACUCCCCAAUGGGAGUACAAAAAUUUGACAUGCAGCAGAUACGUUCUACCUUUCUUGGGAAGCAGGAAAUGGAAAACGUAGCGAGUCAGUUAUGCGAAGUUUUGGAUAUGGAAUCGAAACACUUUUUAAACAUUGAUCCCGAACACGUUGCUCAACACAUUGAGGAGAUCGAAAAAGUAGAGGAUGGAAAUGCGGAAGAUUUCUACCAAGUAGAAUCGCUGGCCAUAGCUUCGGCUCAAAGCGAGUUUGAGAACAAUGAGAACACGGAGCAAUGGGAAAUGUUGGAAGUUGAAAUGGACGAUUAUAGCAAUCAGAUGGAGGCAAAUGAUGAAAAUAUUGAGGAUGUGUUUGAUAAAGAAUCCGAUUCCAGACAGUCCGAGGUGGUGAAUCGGACACCAAAAAGGACGAGCAGACGGCAACAGAGCAUUCAACUGGCGGACAAUUCGGCGAACGACGAAAGCUUGUCGAGUAACACACGCCAUAACACGCGGCAAUCGGCUAACAAGACCGCUUCCAUUCCGCAAGCGUUUCAAUGUAAAAUCUGCCUGAAAACCUUCAACUCAAGCACUUAUCUCAGAAGGCACGAAGUCAUCCAUUUGCCGCAAGACGAGAAACAUCGUUAUUCCUGUACGAUUUGUCACAAAAUGUUUAAUAAAUCUUUCAACCUGAAAGCACAUAUGCGAAUGACGCACGAAGGAGUGAAACCGUUCAUUUGCGAGGAAUGUGGUAAAACUUUCAGUUCCAAGGGAGCGUUGAAGGAACAUUACAUCGUACACACCGAGGAGCGGCCUUUCCAGUGUGCGUACUGUUCGAAACAGUUUAAAAAUGCAGCACGGCUCAAGACACACGAAGAUACACAUAAUGACACGCUGUACGUUUGUCCACACUGUGGACUGAAGCUGAACACAAAGCGUACACUAAACAUGCAUAUGGUAGUGCAUUCGGAUCAGAAAAAAUUUAAAUGCCAAGAAUGUGGUAACGAGUACAAGCGCUCGAAAGCUCUUAAAGCGCACCUAAUACUGCACACCGGACUACGGCCUUACCAGUGUCCUUUUUGUGAUAAAACGUUUGCCAAUGGUUCAAACUGUCGCAGUCAUAAAAAGAAAUUUCAUCCACGCGAGCUGGCAGCACUGGAGGCGGCGGGCGGACACAAACCUACCGCCAACAUUCCCAAGCUGGAACAUUUGCAGCGCAGAAGUCAAAGCGAUGGAGAAACCGUUGAGAUAACCAGAAAGCACAUACGUUCAUCCAUCAGGUCACCAAACGGUAAUAAAUUGAAACCAAGCUUACAGGAUGUGUCGACCGACGAGGAUGAUCAGAUGCCGGAAGGUGAUCUGCUAGGAAGCUGAAAAGCAAAGGAUCGGCAUAUUCGCUACGCUGCUGGUAUGUAGUGUUAAAUGAAAGUAAUUGUAACGUAGCCAAGAUAACAGAAUCAAUUCUAAAGAAUAUAUUUUAAAUGCAAAAUC